AUGGUCGAGGUAUCACCUCGAAACAUCAUAGCCGGUCUAUCAGGCUACCUCAUCCCACCUCUUCUUCCCAUCCCCAUCUUACGUUUCGUACCUAUAAUUUCAUCAACCGUAUCCCUCCAAUGGGCAGUAGACGAAUAUCAAUUCUUGUCUUCCUGGCAAUCUCACUCAUACCGUGAACAGGCAAAUGACCUACUACCAAAAUGGUUCAGAACUUGGGGUCCAAAGGGUACCAUCGUUCUCUUCUCCUCGUUCCCUUGGUCAGCUGGUGCGGGACUCACGAACCUCUUCACCCUGCGAAAUACACCAUGGGUAGCGGGUGGAGCCAAGAUGUAUUAUGCUUUAGGUGUUGGAUUGGCAUUUGGACAUAUGGUAUUUGGACCUAAAGCUUUGACCUUCGUCACGGAUUUACCGGCAGUGAUGUGUUUCUUGUUGGCGGGGAUGAAAGCUUCCCAAGGGGAAUAUUAG